GUGCAGCUGGUAACUUGCAAGUGGCAACAGAAGGCUACAAGUUGUUACCUUAGUUUACUUUUUUUUGGUAAUGUUUGUUUAAUUUUUGUUAAUUGUUUCAUUCUAAUUUGUGCGAUUUGAUUUAAAUUUGUAUUAAAAUUUCUUUCAUUAAUCUUAACAUGAUCCAGACUCCAGUGAUGAUGCAAAAUGAUGGUUCAACAAUGAUUCCUGUUGAUGCAUCGAGUGCAACUUAUGAAACCAUGGAUUAUAUGAUGAUGAACAAUCUAACCGCCAAUGCCAUAAACAAUUAUAAUGAGGCUCAAGGCUCUGAAGAAUCGAAUGAUAUUGUGAGUCAAGGCUUACCACAACAAUCAAAAAAAGGUUUAAAAGCUAGUAAUGUCUUACCUUUUUGGGGAAAUGAGAGGACUAUGAAUCUAAAUCCUUUACUUUUAACCAAUAUUAAAAACAGUCCCUACUUUAAGGUCAAUUUGUACGCCUUGAAAACAUACCAUGAAGUCAUUGAUGAAAUAUGGACUCAGGUCAAGCACAUGGAACCAUGGGAAAAAGGAUCCCGAAGGAUGGGUGGACAAACUGGAAUGUGUGGAUCUGUCCGGGGAGUAGGAGCCGGUGGUAUUGUUUCAACUCCUUUUUGUAUUCUUUAUAAAUUGUUCACCCUUCGUUUAACUAGGAAGCAGGUAAUGGGCCUUAUUAAGCACAAGGAUUCACCUUACAUUCGAGCAAUUGGACUAAUGUAUAUUCGAUACACCCAGCCUCCUGAAUCAUUAUGGGAAUGGCUCUCUCCUUAUCUAGAAGACACUGAGGAAUUUGAUGCCAAAGCUGGUGGGGGCCAGAAAAUGACUAUUGGUCAAAUGUGUAGACACUUGUUAGUAAAACUAGAAUGGUUUUCAACGUUAUUCCCAAGGAUACCCGUACCUAUCCAGAAGGAUAUUGAAACUAAACUCCAUGAACAUGAUCAAGGUAAUUGGUCGAAAAAUGGUGAUAAUUACGAGGAUGGUGAAGUUUACGGUGACGGCGAAGAAGAAAGCGAAAGAUAUAAUGAUAAUGAUAAUAAACAAAGAAGCCAUGAAGAUGACGAUGAUUAUAACUACCACAAUAAAAAAAGACAAUACAAAAGUGGUGUUAAUCGUCAUAGAAGUCGAUCUCGUAGCAGAGAAGAUUUUUCACGUAGGACUUAUGAUGAUUCUAAAAGUAGAUCUCGUGAUUUUACUCGCGAUUCGUCGCCAAGUAGAGGUAGAGAUCGUUCACUGGAUAAAUACAGGCUAAAGUCCCCGAGACGGUCAUUAGAUAGAUCAGGAGCUAGGUCAAGGAACCGAUCUAGAGAUAGAUCUCGAGAAAGAUCACGCGAAAGAUCACGCGAAAGAUCUCGAGAACGAUCACGUGAAAGAUCCAGGUCUAACGAUAGACGCAAACGUCAUCGUUCCCAUCGCUCACCCAGUGACAGGAAAAGAUCUCGAGAUCAUAAACAUAAACAUAAAAGGCGACAUUAAAGCUUAUUUUCAAAUUCUCACAAAUGUAAUUGCUUAACUCAUCUGUAUCUCAUCAGCCCAAUUUGAUUGUAUAAAACAUUGACAUCAAAUAAAAUGAAAAUAAAACAACCUGUUCGAAAAAUUUA